AGAAAAGUUGCUAGCUAUUAUUAUUUUGUCAUCAGUAUUCGCGAUAGUAAAAAAAAAUCAGGACUGCGAAAUAAAACACUAUUGACAUCUUGAGAGAAACCAUGGACUUUUUGGAAGUGACCUCCCGUAAAAGAAAAAGACGAAUAUCAGAUAACAGAACACAGUUGCCUAGCAACAUUCAGAAUUUUAUAAAGAGCCUCUUUGAAAAAAAGAUCAGUUAUGAGAAGAAGGAGGACUAUGAAUUAAGAGCUAGUUGUGACUGGAAGAUAUGUGAGGAAUGGAAGAUUGAAGAGUAUGUGUCGAUGAAAAAUGAAUUAAAUACGUUAAAAAAUGAACUCAAUGACAAGGAUAUGAUAACCUGGCAUGAGCAUACUCGACUUGUAAAUCUUGCAGGAAAUAUUGCUCCGGGAAUUAGGAACCAGCUAAGGCCAGAGCUGUGUACACAAGCCUGGUGCAAGUUUUACGAGAUAGCUUCAACAUACGUGAACGUAGCCAACAUGGAGUCACUAGUUACUGUACAUCUCUGUGAAGCACCGGGUGCCUUUGUAACUAGCCUGAAUCACUUUCUGUUUACACAUGAAUAUGCUGGCGACUGGAUGUGGUUAGCAACGACUUUGAAUCCAUAUUACGAGGGCAACAAUAUAGGUCAGAUGAUUGACGAGGAUGUAUUCAUACGCAGUAGCUAUGGCAACUGGUAUUUUGGCGAGGAUAACACCGGAAAUUUGAUGUCUGCAGUAAAUCUUAAAGGGUUACAGGGAAAGCUUGCCAAUAAUAAAGUUGAUUUGGUAACAGCAGACGGGAGUAUAGAUUGUCAAGGUGAUCCAGCGGAACAAGAGAACGUCGUAUCACGUCUGCAGCAUUGUGAAGUCUUGACAGCUCUUCAUAUUCUGUCACCAGGGGGCACUCUUGUUGUGAAAAUGUUCACCUUGUUUGAGUGCAAGGCCAUAAGCUUGAUGUACUUGCUUAACUGUGUAUUUGAAAAGGUUGAAGUUUUUAAGCCUUGUACAAGUAAAGGAGGUAACUCUGAAGUAUAUGUGAUAGGUCAGGUGUUCAAAGGAAGACAAUGCUGUGAAAGUUUCCUACAAAAUGUGACACCAGCAUACUUUGGUGAUAAUGAACCUGCGGGUUGUUUAUUUUCCCAAGAUGAAAUACCUUUGUCAUUUCUAGACCAACAUUCACACUAUGUACAGUUCUUCAAAGACUGUCAGAUGUCUACAAUACAACGUAACCUUGACCUUCUCAAUGUCAUGACAGACGAUGAAAGGUCAAAGGUCGAGGAGCAGAAAGAUUUCUGUAUGGAAUGCUUUUUCAAUAAGUAUGAUAUAAAACCAAUGCAGUAUGGUGCUAGGUUAAUGAAAUUACCUAAGAGAAGGAAGCAUGCUUCCAGCUGGACUACAGAAUUUUCAGCAAAAGUCAAAUUAGAGGGAAAGUUUACAGGUAGUUUUUGUGAGAGACAAGAAUUAUCUACAUUACCAUGGCAACAGAAGAUCUGUAAAAUAGAGACUUAUGAAGAUGAAGUUAACAGGCCAGAUAACUCACUGUGGAUUCAGUGUCAACAUAAUAUGAUGUCAGAGAAAGAUUUGGAUACAUACCAGAUAUUGAAGGGUAAACAAGUAGACAGUAUACAGAGUUCCAGAUUUUGUCAUGGAUUUUACCUACAUAGAACACAUGAAAUUGUCAAAAACUCAAAGUGGCUGGCAGAACAGACUGUAGCAGAUGCAGACUUUGUGAUGAAAGUAGCAUCAAAGCUGAGAGAGAUACUGUUAGACACUAUACAGUAUUACAACGAUAAACCAUCACAACAGCUACAGUCUAAUCCCGAUAAUAUGGUCACUGUCAAACUAUCACAGCAAACUGUACAGCCUGGUUGUGAUAGUGGUAAUGAAGUAGCUGGUAAAUCUGUAAAUCUUUGUGACAAUGUAACUGAUACUGAUGGCAAAGCCGCAGCUACUGAUAAUGAAGUUUUAGGUGCUAGUAUUGUUAAUGAUAAAAAUGGGGCUGGCAUUGAUACAGGACAGAUGGGUGAAGUUAAUGAUGAAAGUAAAGAGAAAAUAGGUACCACAGCUUGUAAUGACUGUAUAAACAAUGAUGGUGAUAAAACUGUUUCAAGUGCUCAAAUUCCUGUACAGGAAUGCUCAGCCAGUAACAAUACAGGGGAGAUUGUCGAAGUGGAUGAUGUAAGAAGUGAAGAAAUGACACUUAACACUUGUAGUAAUGGUUAUAAAGAUAUAAAUGAUGGGAGGACAAGUGAUUCCACAUGUGCAUGCAAUACAGACUCUGUAGAGACAAAAACCGAUAAUGUUAUGUCGAUCGGAGGAGAUGCUCCAAGAUUUACAUGUACCUGUGUCAAAGGUGGUUCACCUGUAUUAGAAGAACUUUCCAAGCAGGGUUGUAGUAGUGGAAUAACUGUGAGACUGUAUGCACUUGGUUCUAGGAAGGUCUGUCACAGGUUUGAACUUGUAGAGGACAAAGAUUUAUUGGCUGUUGUACAUGAUAUAAUUAAGACAUGUAAUUCCUCUGACUAUGUUAUUAUAGAGAUGGGAACGUGUUUGAGCAGGUUUACUGCCGGACUUGUCUAUAUUCUUUAUAGAACCUUCAGAGAGAUUGGGUUUGUACAUCACCAUGGAAACCUGUUGAAGCGCCACCUGUUGUGUAUCAAUUUUCAGCAUUGUCCAAUGAAAUUGUGUCAGUAUUUAGAAGAGGUGUGUCAUAUGAUAGAUUCUGACCAAUCAGAAUCAGUGUUAGAAAUAGUUCCUGUUCUCACAAUACUAGAAGAUGAUGACUUUACAUCGUUUCUACGAAUUUCCAACGUGAAUCUCCUGCAGUCUUUCAUAACAACUGUCAUCAAUGCAGAGAAAAAAGAACAUUCUCUUAAAAUGAACACUUGAUUUUUGACUAAAGUCUCAAAAAUACAGAUACACUUUUGGUUAAAGACCACAUGGAAAAAUGGCCAAGUGUAGAAAAUUUCUUACUUCAGGUGUCAGUUUUACUUCCCAGCUAGCUUACGGAAGGAAGAUGGUUGCGGUUGCACUUAGCAACCCAUAGAGGACUUAUUUUAAGCUUGGCUAUUUGAAGAAUAGAGAGAGCUAUUGUGCUAACCCAGGCAUCUGCAUCACAUACAUUCUAGUAAAUUUUUGUGUAAAAGUUGGUAAUGCCAAAACAAUUGAAGGGAAUAGGUUGAAACUUUACAGAUUUAUUUGGGAGUAUGACUGGAGGUCUUUAGUCAAGACACAUAACUC